AUGGCUUUUUCAACAACAUCAAAAAUCACAAACAACAAUAAUGACAAUUCUAAUGUUUCUAGAGGCAGCAGUAACAACAAUAAUCUGAACUUAUCAAAAUUUGAUGGUAUUGUACUAGGUGUAUUCAAGGAUGGUACAUUAAGUCAAACUAUUGGAUCAAAUAAACUUCCUGGAAAAUUUCAACAAACAAUCAAAAAAAAACUUGAAUAUUAUGGAUGUAGUAAAGGAAAUUUAGGUGAAUGUAAAUUGUUGUAUGGAAUUGAUAAAAUUAAUGAUGAUGCUGCUGUUGAUGUUGACAGUGGUAACAGUUUUCCUAAAAAAAUUGCUAUUGUUGGAUUGGGUAAAAGAAGAGAUUUCAAAAACCCUAGUAAUGAUCAAGAGUUAUGUGAGGCUUUGGAAAUUGCUAGAAAUGCAUCAGCUGUUGGAGUUCGCAGUCUAAGAGAAAAUAACGCUAAAAAUAUUUUAGUUGAUGUCAUGACUAAUGAACAUGGUGCUGCUGAAGGAGCAAUACUUGGAUUAUAUAAUUACGAUACUUUAAAAUCUUUAUCAUGGGAAACUGGUUUGAUUUAUGCAGAAGCACAGAAUUUUGCUCGUACACUAAUGGAAGCGCCAGCAAAUUAUAUGACCCCAACAAACUUUACUGAAUAUGUGCAAUCAAAAUUUAACAGAUUGUCAAAUGUUGAGAUAAUUGUCCGUGAUAAGGAUUGGGUGGAAGAAAAAAAAAUGGGAUCAUUUUUGUCAGUUUCCAAAGGAUCUGAUGAACCUUUGAAAUUUUUGGAGAUGCAUUAUAAAGGUGGCAGUGACAAGUCAUCAUCGUCGUUAUUAGCAUUGGUUGGAAAAGGAGUCACGUUUGAUUCUGGUGGUAUUUCAUUGAAACCAUCUUCAAACAUGUCAGAAAUGAAGGCUGAUAUGGGUGGAGGUGCAGCUGUUUCUGCAUCUUUGUAUGGCAUAGCAAAAUUAAGAUUACCAAUUAAUGUUGUAGCAACAAUUCCAUUAUGCGAAAAUAUGCCUUCGGGUUAUGCAACUAAACCUGGUGAUGUUGUAAUAGCGAUGAAUGGUAAAUCUAUUGAGGUUGGUAAUACUGAUGCAGAAGGUCGUCUUAUUCUAGCUGAUGCAUUAUACUACACCAGUUCAACUUUCAAACCUCAUACUUUAAUUGAUAUGGCUACCUUAACAGGUGCAAUGGGUGUGGCAUUAGGUAAUGUUUAUUCUGGUGUAUUUACCAAUUCUAAUGUAUUAUGGCAACAAUUAUCAAGUUCUAGUAAAAAAACCAAUGAUAGAUUUUGGCGAAUGCCAUUGGAAGAUGCUUAUAAAAAAGGGCUGGAGAAAUCAAGUGUAGCAGAUUUGGUUAAUGUUGGUGGUGAUAGUGAAAUUGGUGGUGUUAGAAUUAAAGAUGCAGAUGAAUUGAAUUGUAUUAGGUAUGCACAUAUUGAUAUAGCUAGUGUUAUGCUUACUACAGAUGAUUCUGACGAAAGAAUAGCAACUACACCUAAAUAUCUCUUGGAACCAGAGGAAGGCUGUGUCAGCCUGACAGUGAUUAUCACCUAA